AUGACUGUGGCUAAGAUGAACAUGUUAAAGUUGACGGUCAGAAAGCAUGCAGACCACUUGUUCAACCUGCACAAGAAACCAGAUGAGUCUCUUCGAGACUACCUCAGACGGUUCAAGGCUGAGAAGGCGAACAUCAUAGGAUGCAAUGACCAAGUUGCAUCCUCAGCUUUCAAGAAGGGCUUGCCAACCGAACAUGAGCUGUAUCGUGAGCUGGCCAUAACUCCAAGCCAAACCUUGGCAGAGGUCUUCGCGACGGCAGAGCGCUACGCACUUUGGGAUGAUGAUCGUAUUGCUGCGAAGAAAGCCAGCAAGCAAGCUGAUCACCCGCCCAAGCAGGCGAGCCAAAAGAGUAACAAGUUCGAGAACAAAGCCCGAGACAAGCGCAGAUCGCGGCCCCAAGAGGGAGGCUCGGAAACAGGAACCUUCACUGAGUUCACUAUCCCAAUCCACCAGAUCCUGGCACAAGUGAAGGACAAGCCGUGGGUGAGGAGACCGCCGCCCCUGAGGGGAGACCCGUCUAAGAGGGAUGCCAGUAAGUACUGCGCAUUCCAUGGGGAGCAUGGUCAUUACACAAACAACUGCAACGCCUGGAAAAGGCACCUUGAGGAGCUGGUCAGAGACGACUAUUGCACAGAAUUCGUUGCAAAGAAGGCCAUCCAGCAGAUCGAGGAUCGUGAUGCGGCUGCCAAGGAACCUCCCCAAAAGGUCAUACGGAUCAACACCAUUCUAGCUGACUCCCAGGAGUCCGGGCUGACCACCAAGGAGCGCAAGAGGAAGAUCGCGCAGGCGACUUAUGUCUCCCAAGUCACAACGGGCGUACCAGUCAUUGCAGAUACGCCCAUCAUCGGCUUUCGGAAGAAGGACUUGAUCGGGCUUGAUUUGCCGCACAAUGACGCCCUAGUAAUUUGCAUCCAAAUUGAACAAGCUGUGAUCGAGCGAGUUCAUGUGGACGAGGGCAGCGCAGCCAAUAUCCUACAACUAUCUGUUAUCCAACAGAUGGGAUUGGAGCCCAAGAUCAGCAAACUUGCCAGAUCACUCACCGGCUUCAAUGGGGCCACGUCAAUCACUCUUGGGAUAAUUGACCUAGACGUCCGCUCACCCCCAGUGGUCUGCUCGCAAACCUUCAUGGUCAUCGACGAGUUUCCGCGAGAAAGCUACGACCCUACUACCAAGCUCAUCGAGUCAUCGCCAUGA